AUGAAGUCUGUCAUCAAUCUAUUCGCAGUCCUUCUGCUUUCCAUCGUGUCUCCUGUUUUUGCUAGGCCCAGUCAUGCAAUUGAUCAACGUCAAAAUACCGACAGACUGGUUUUCUGUCACUUCAUGAUUGGUAUCGUCUCCGACCGCACUGGUCCAGCGGACUAUGACUCCGAUAUGCAGCGGGCGAAAGAGCUCGGCAUCGAUGCCUUCGCCCUCAACAUCGGCGUUGACCCGUACACUGACCAACAGCUGGGCUUCGCCUACCAGUCUGCCGCCAACAACGACAUGAAGGUCUUCAUCUCAUUCGACUUCAACUGGUACCACACAAACCAAGGGACCCAGGUUGGGCAGAAGAUUGCGCAGUAUGCCACCACCUAUCCCAAGUCUCAGCUCUACGUCGACGGCAAGAUCUUCGCUUCCAGCUUUGCUGGCGAUGGAGUUGAUGUGAACGCGAUCCGCACUGCUGCAGGUGCACCGAUAUUCUGGGCCCCCAACUUUCACCCAGAACAAGGGACGAACUUCUCCACUAUCGACGGUGCACUGAAUUGGAUGGCUUGGCCAAACAACGGUAACAACAAGGCACCUACACCUGACCGCAAUGUCACCGUCGAGGAAGGUGAUGAAGCAUACAUCAAAGCGCUUGCUGGCAAGCCAUACAUUGCUCCUGUUUCUCCGUGGUUCAGCACCCAUUUCGGGCCGGAGGUUCCGUACAGUAAGAACUGGGUGUUCCCCGGAGAUUUGCUUUGGUACGACCGAUGGAAUGAGAUCUUGAGCCUUGGUCCACGUUUCAUCGAGAUUGUUACUUGGAACGAUUAUGGAGAGAGUCACUACAUUGGCCCACUAUCCUCAAAGCACACAGAUGACGGGAACUCGAAGUGGACCAAUGACAUGCCUCAUGGAGGCUGGAUGGACAUGGCCAAGCCUUUCAUCUCGGCUUACAAGGACCAAGCGACGUCCGCUGACUCCUACGUCGAAUCUGAUCAACUCAUUUAUUGGUACCGGCCAACACUGCGAGAUAUCAACUGCGAUGCCACGGACACCACAAUGGUCCCGGCGGACAACAGCUCAGGAAACUACUUCAUGGGCCGUCCUAAUGGCUAUGAGACUCUCGCUGACGCCGUCUUCGUCGUGUCGAUGUUAAAGACAGCAGGCACUGUGACAGUCAAGUCCGGCAACAAUGUCCAGUCUUUCAGUGCGCCGGCUGGAAUCUCAGCCUACCAAUUGGACAUGCAAAUUGGCAAGCAGCAGUUCUCUCUGGAGCGUAACGGCCAAACUGUCAUGAGCUCUGUCAGCCUGAAGGACGUUUCCGACGUCUGCCCGUGUGGCAUCUACAACUUCAACCCGUAUGUUGGGACUGUGCCAGACGAGGCCUCUGAUCCGCUCGGCCCUGAUGGCCUGGCAUCUUUGACGGCUGGUCUGCAUGUCACCACUUGCAAAGCCACCCCAUCCCUGGGAGUGCCGACCACAACUGCAACAUCAACCACAGUGACAACAACGUCGUCGACUCCAACUACCAAUACGACGUCAUCCAGCACAUCCACUCCAACAACAACAACUUCAACAAGCUCGACGUCGAGCCCAACCACAACACCGCCGCCAACGACCACCUCGACCACUAGCGUCACCACAACUUCCUCGUCCACCUCGAGCUCCACGACCUCUGCGGUUCCAAGCCCAGUAUGCAACGCAGGCACUGGACCAGGGAACUAUGUCGGUCUCUGCAGCUUCUGUUGUAACUUUGGUUACUGCCCACCUGGACCAUGUACCUGCACCUCCUACGGGGCCCAGGUGAACCCACCGCCGGUGACGGGCACGGUUGGGAAGCCGCUGCCAUGGGAGGACGACAGCUAUCUGGGAUUAUGCAGCUACGCGUGUAAUCACGGUUAUUGCCCACCAACGGCUUGUCAAGUGGUACAGUAG